CCUGCGCGGCCAGCUCCGCAGCCGGCUCCUGGAGCUCAGCGGGUGUCGGGAAAAGGCCAUGAGGAAGCUCGAGAUGCCCUCAAAACGUGCCCGCUGCGGGACCCCUAGUCCCCCUCGGGAGCACGAGGGCGCGGAGCCCGAGGACGAUGAGGAUCCCCAGAGCUGGAGUCCCGAGCGGCUGUGCACCUACCUCAGCCACCACGGCUUCAGCAACCCGGCGCUGCUCAGCCGCUUCCGAGAAAACAAAAUCAGAGGCUCUCAGCUGCCCCACCUUAAUGAAUCACUUCUUGAAGAACUUGGAAUAAGGUCUUUAGAAGACAGACAGAAGAUGCUGGAUUGUAUCCGUAAACUGAAUCAAAACCAUGAUGAUGCAAUGAAGAUAUUUAACGAUCCUAUCCAUGGCCACAUAGAUCUUCACCCUCUUCUUAUCCGAAUCAUUGACACACCUCAGUUUCAACGUCUUCGAUAUAUUAAACAGCUGGGAGGCUCUUACUAUGUUUUUCCAGGUGGUUCGCACAACCGAUUUGAGCAUUCUCUAGGUGUCGGGUAUCUAGCAGGCUGUUUGGUCCGUGCGCUGCAAGAAAAACAGCCUGAACUACACAUAACCGAGCGGGAUAUGCUUUGUGUUCAGAUUGCUGGGCUGUGUCAUGAUCUAGGUCAUGGACCAUUUUCACACAUGUUUGAUGGAAGGUUUAUUCCCCUUGCUCGCCCAGAGUUGAAUUGGACGCAUGAAACAGCUUCAGUCAAGAUGUUUGAGCAUCUGGUUAAUGCCAAUGGAAUUGAAACUGUAAUGAAGAAGUACGGACUUAUCCCAGAAGAAGAUAUCUGUUUUAUCAAAGAACAAAUUGCAGGACCUCUUGAUUCGACAGUAGAGAAUUGUUCGUGGCCGUAUAAAGGGCGACCUGAAGAGAAAAACUUUCUUUAUGAAAUAGUGGCUAAUAAACGCAAUGGCAUUGAUGUGGAUAAAUGGGAUUAUUUUGCCAGGGAUUGCCACCAUCUUGGAAUUCAAAAUAAUUUUGACUAUAAGCGCUUUAUUAAGUUUGCCCGUGUAUGUGAAGUAGAUAAGAAGAAGCAUAUUUGCACCAGAGACAAGGAAGUUGGAAAUCUGUAUGACAUGUUCCAUACACGCAACUGCCUACACCGAAGAGCUUACCAGCACAAAGUGGUCAACAUCAUCGAAACGAUGAUUACGGAAGCCUUCCUUAAAGCAGAUCCCUACAUACAAAUAGAAGGUGCUGAGGGGAAAAAGUACAAGCUUUCUACAGCAAUUGAUGAUAUGGAAGCCUACUCUAAACUUACAGAUAACAUUUUUCUGGAGAUUUUGCACUCUAGUGAUCCCAGAUUGGCUGAGGCGCGAGAGAUUUUACACAAAGUCGAAUGUCGUAAACUAUACAAGUUUGUGGGCGAGACUCAGCCUACAGGGGGAAAGAAGAUUAGAAUGGAAGAGUAUGAUCAACUCCCAAAAGAUGUUGCUGCUUCCGUACCGCGGGGUAUAGCCCUGAAAGCUGAAUUAAAGGCUGAAGAUUUCAUAGUUGAUGUUAUUGACAUGGAUUAUGGGAUGAAAGAAAAAAAUCCUAUUGAUAAUGUUCGUUUCUAUUGCAAGAGUGACCGAAGUAAAGCAGUCAUGAUUACAAAGGAUCAGGUUUCACAGCUUCUACCAGAAAAAUUUGCUGAACAGCUUAUCCGAGUAUACUGUAAGAAAACAGAUAAGCAAAGUUUAGAUGCUGCCAGUAAAUAUUUUGUUCAGUGGUGCAUGAACAAAAACUUCACCAAACCACAGGAUGGUGAUGUUGUGGCCCCAACACUAACACCUAUGAAAGCAAGUUGGAAUUCUCAAUAUGGAAGCCAAAGUCCAGAUUGUAAUAGAGAGGGUUCCAAAGCCAGAACCAAGCUUUUUCAGAACUGAUUAAUAGAAUGGGGAUGUCCACUCACUCUGUCCACAUAUCUGCUUCCUAUAAAGGGAUCUGCCCAAGUCACAAUGCUGCAAGAAAGUUUAAACACAUCUGUCAUCUAUUUCUUGGCUUCUUCAAACAAAACUGUUCUGCACAUAUCUCAGUCAGAAACUGACCAGAAUGUAAAUAAAUCACAAGCUUUUUCUCCAAGCUAACUUGGGGAGCUGAGAGCUACAAAUAGAGGAAUUUUAUUAGAAACAGCAUUUAUAACAAAUUCCAUGGCAAUUUUAAGUUUUUAGUUGCAAUAGAGCAAUUUUUAUUUGAGGGAACAGGAGGAUUGUAUAUCAGGUAGGUAUAUAAUCUGCAGACUUCAGGAAAAGCAUAAACCUUUUUAUUACUAAUUCAAAAUUGGCUUGGUAUCUACAACUCUUAAUUCUUUAUGUUUUAAAAAAAAGCACCACUUUUAUACAUUCAGUUCCUAUGGGAGAGGAAACUGUCUUAAAAAUUCGUGGGAGACAGACUUGAUAGGCUUGGUGUGUUGCCUCCUUGUUGUGGGAUGGGAAACUGAAGCUGUGCUGCCCAUCUCUGAUUAAAACAGCAUAUCUCUUGGAGGCAUGUGGCCCAGCCUGGCCCUCCCUUGUAAGUACAUGCCUGCUAGUCUCCUGUAGACCUGAGGGAAGGCAUUUUUGGAGUUGGCACUUGGAAGAGAAGCUAUUUCUAGAGAAAAAGCACAAGGGUUCAAGGCACAUUAUUCCAAAUCAAACUGAUCUCAGUGGACAGAGUGAAGUGGCCUUUGUAGAUCCCUAUGUGGUCAGUCCCUGUCCAGACCAUAUCAGGGCUCUAACACGGGGCGCCAAUGCCGCUAAAAUAGCACCUCCACCCCCAACUAAAUGACUUCCCCCUCUCUCGGCAGAUUUCGUUCGCUCUUGUUUCUGAACAAACAAGACUGUAAGGAGGCUUUGCUAUUAAAAAAAACCGCUUUUCCAAGGCACUGCUCUGACGGGGAAUAAGUUUCCACUGCUUCACCUAAGUCAACCACAUCAAGAUGUUGGUCAGGCAAAAAGACCAGACCUUGCUUCCGUCCUUGUGACUUCCUUGGUGGCUUUCAGGCCCAGGCCAGUGUAGAACCCCAGCGUGCCCAGAGUAAGAAUGGAUAACUAAAGAAUCCUGGGCCCCUGCUCAUCCUUUGCCAUGCAUGUGUGCAUAGUAGUACUGUCUCCUUAGUCCAAGGCCUUGUCUUGUCUAGGCCUUGCUGGCAGGGAAAAAGGGAGUGCACGCCAUGUCCCCAGACAUUUCUAGACUGUUCUUUGGGAGGUAAAAUCUUCAGCGCCCUUCAAGACCAAAACCUCCUUCAUGAAAGCUUCCAUGAUCCCCCAUCUAAAAACAAUCUCUGCCUUUUUUGAUUCUUUGUGGCACUUUAUAUACCUCUCAUGUUACCUCAUCAUGUUCUGUGUUGUUCUGUAGUAGCUAGAUUAUAAAGUCCUUGGGAGGAGAAACCAUGUCUUUUUAUCAUUAUACCUCCCCCACUACCUAACCUGGGGCAUUAUGCACAAUAAACACUUAAAAAAUGCUUCCACUGGCCUUCAUCUUCAAUUUGGAUUAUCUCCCGAGGCUCAGGUGGGCAGCCUUCUUUUCUCAGUCUGGUGAGACUCUCAAUUCUGGGAUCGAAGGAAGGGCAUUAGGGCCAGUCACCAAGUGGAUAUAGGAUUAUAUUUCAAAAGCAAGUGGGCAUGGGGCAGCUAGGUAGCAGGGUGGAUAGAGCACCAGCCAUGGAGUCAGGAGGACCUGAGUUCAAAUGUGGCCUCGAACUAGUAGUGUGACACUGGACAAGUCACUUAAACCUGAUUGCCUCCCACCCACCCAAAAAGGCAAGUGGACAUGACUUAAGGAUUAUCUACACAUUAUCUUCCCUCAGAAUAGAUGAUGUGAGGUUGAUUUGGUUAGCUGAAUAAGAAAGUGCAGCUCCUGUUACCCUUUCUCCAAUUCUUCUUUUUAUAUUAUACAAUACGGAUUUCUUAUGUGACCUUAGAUAAAUCACUUUGUUCAGUGACAAGAGGAUAUGGGAUGGGGAGAGGGGGAGUUGGCAAAAAAGAAAAUUGAAGUUCUCAGAAUUACUGUGCUAUAUAAGUGCUUUUUAUUAAGAUUAUGUAUCCAGAAUCGAGGGCAGGAAUGUAAUGGCAAAGAUUGUCUUAUUUCUGCAAAACACUAUUGUCGAAUCAUACCGACUCUGGAACUUUAUAGCCUACUACUGUAUUAUUAAUGCGCACACAUUGGGGAGGUAAGGGCAGAAGAUCAAAGUCUGUUGUUUGCAUUUUUGUCCUAUUCAGACAGACGUACUUUAUUUUAUAACGUUUGCCUCCCUUCUUUGGCUAUCAGGUUCAAAUUUUACUUAGGAAACGCCUUGGAUGUUUAUGUACAUACAGACUUCAUUGUCUCCGCUGCUGGAAUUACAGAAUAUUUUCUUAUUAAGAACAUUGCAUUUUAAAAAAUUGAUUACUGUGACAGGUGUGGAAAAAUGCUGCAAUAAAGUUUUGUGAAUGUAUCUCCAACCAAACA